AUGACCAAGAGUCUACAGGGUGAAUCAAUAUUUCGCACACAUUUCAUUUGUUGGCGCAUUUUGGGUUUCCUGCCAACGGAAAAAUAUCGCCAUGUCUAUAUAGCAUAUUCGAUUUUCAUGAAUAUUAUUGUAACAAUCGGCUAUCCUUUGCAUUUGAUGAUUGGUCUAUUUAAGAGUACCACCAUGUCUGAUAUAAUAAAAAAUUUGGCCAUUAAUCUGACGUGUUUGGUGUGCUCCAUAAAAACCCUGGCGAUUUGGCUGAAGUUUCGCAACAUUGAAAAUAUGUUUGAAAUUAUUAGGCGGCAGGACCGGCGCAUCUGUUUGGCCAGAGAUGAGGCAUACUAUUAUAAAAAUGUGGUUUUUAAGAAUGUACGUCUGGUGUUGAAUAUGUUUGUAAUAUUAUGUAUAGGAGCAAGUUCGUUUGCCGAACUGGCGGUAUUGUUAAAUGGUGUAAUGGGCACGUGGAGUUUAAUGUAUCCGGCCUACUUUCCAUUCGAUCCAUUUGCCAGCACAAAAUUGUACACUGUGGCUCAUAUUUAUCAAUAUGUUGGCGUGUCAUUUCAAAUAUUGCAGAAUGUUCUCAAUGAUACGUUUGCUGCCAUGCAUUUGGCAUUGUUGAGUGGCCAGAUUCAUGCUUUAAGCCUGAGAGUAGCCAAACUGGGAACUGAUGUGAAAAAGACAAAGGUAGACAAUAAUUUGGAGUUAUUGAAAUGUAUACAAGAUCAUAAGGAUCUAUUGUUAUAUCGCAGCAAACUGGAGGAUGUGAUUUCCUUCUAUAUGUUUCUUCAGAUUCUAGUUACCAGCAUAAAUUUGUGCGCUUCUAUUGUGUUUGUGAUUCUAUUUACUACCGAUCUCUUUACCAUCGUGUAUUAUUUCAUUUAUUUUUUGUCGAUGACGGCAGAAAUUUUGCCCGUGUGUUAUUAUGGCACUCUUAUGGAGAAUGAAUUUCAAAAUUUAACAAAUGCUUUAUUUUCUGCAAACUGGAUCGAUCAGGAUGAUAUAUUUAAAAAAAAUAUAAGAAUUUUUAUCGAGACCACCAAGAAGCCCUUGUAUAUUAUGGCCUGGUUGUUUCGCAUUAAUUUAAAUUCAUUUAUAAUCGUUUGCAAGAAUUCGUAUUCUCUGUUUGCUCUCAUAAUGAAUAUGAAGUUCUCAAAAUUCUGGCCGAUAGCACUUGAGGUAGCACGAUAUUUGCCUGGAAGAAGCCUCGUGUAUACAACGAGCACAUACGAAGCAACACGCAACAACAUGACCACAAAUCUGCAAAUUGAAACUAUAUUUCGCGCACAUUUCAUUUGUUGGCGGAUUUUGGGUUUCCUGCCCACGGAAAAAUAUCGCCAACUGUAUAUAGCCUAUUCGAUUUUCAUGAAUAUUAUUGUAACAAUCGGCUAUCCAUUGCAUUUGAUGAUUGGUCUAUUUCAGACUAACACCAUGUCUGAUAUAAUUAAAAAUUUGACCAUUAACCUGACGUGUUUGGUGUGCUCCAUAAAAACCCUGGCCAUUUGGCUAAAGUUUCACAACAUAGAAAAUAUUUUCGAUAUUAUAAGGCGGCAGGACCGGCGUAUCUGUUUGGCCAAAGACGAGGAACGCUAUUAUAAAAAUGUGGUUUUUAAGAAAGUACGUCUGGUGUUGAAUAUGUUUGUAAUGUUGUGCAUAGGAGCCAGCAUGUUUGCAGAAUUGUCGGUGUUAAUAAAUGGUUUAAUGGGCACGUGGCGUUUACUGUAUCCCGCCUACUUUCCAUUCGAUCCAUUUGCCAGCACAGAAUUGUAUACUGUGGCUCAUAUUUAUCAAUAUGUUGGCGUGUCGUUUCAAAUAUUACAGAACGCUCUCAAUGAUACGUUUGCUGCCAUGCAUUUGGCUUUGCUGAGUGGCCAGAUUCAUGUAUUAAGCAUGCGAGUAGCCAAACUGGGCAAGAAGACAAAGUUACAAAAUAAUUUGGAGUUAUUGAAAUGUGUACAAGAUCAUAAGGAUCUAUUGUUAUAUCGCAGCAAACUGGAACAGGUUAUCUCUUUCUAUAUGUUUCUUCAGAUUCUAGUUACCAGCAUAAAUUUGUGCGCUGCUAUUGUGAUUGUGAUUCUUUUUACUACCGAUCUCUUUACCAUCCUGUAUUAUUGCAUUUAUUUUUUAUCGAUGACGGCAGAAAUUUUUCCUGUAUGUUAUUAUGGCUCUAUUAUGGAGAUUGAAUUUCAAAAUUUAACUAAUGCCUUAUUUUCCGCAAACUGGAUCGAUCAGGAUGAUGUAUUUAAAAAAAAUUUAAGAAUUUUUAUCGAGAUCACCAAGAAGCCGUUGUAUGUUACGGCCUGGUUGUUUCGCAUUAAUUUAAACUCAUUUCUAGUCGUUUGCAAGAAUUCGUAUUCUCUGUUUGCUCUCAUAAUGAAUAUAAAGUGA